CCGGGCGCGGUUUUGCACGUCGGCAGGGGUGCGCGUGCGCGCGCGCGCGGCUGCUCGUCCCGGUGGCGCGCAGGCACGCACGGAUCCCGGCGGAGGCGGCGACGCAGCGGGAGCCGUGGCGGUGUUCGGCAAGGGCCGUGCAUGGCGGAGCGGCGGCGGCGUAGCUCUGAGAGAGGCGGUUAAAACAUAUCCUCUGCUGUCUAAAACCCUGCCGAGAGAUUCAGGAAGAGCUGUGGGAAGGAAAGGUUGCUCCUCAUUUGUACUGCCUGUGCAGCGUGUCAGGAGCUACGCAGUCGGGCUGUGCUGCUACGUGACAUGCGGGAGUACGCCCCAGCCGUGUUCCCUGGUGGGAUGCUCUCCGUAGUGCUGGACGGGAGGGCUGGGAGCGCUCCAUGUUGCUGGUGCUCCGGAACCGUAGCUCUCCGUGGUGCUGAAGAGUCGCUGCGGGAGUUCUGCAAGCUCCUUCAUUCUGGAAGUCAGCCUCCUGUCUGCAGAACUAGUUAAUGAUAAUGGAGUUCUAUCAGGUUGCAGACUCAGCAUGUGUCUCCAAUAGUUAAAAAGACAGAAGCAGUCUCCGCCAGCCAAAAAACCAGCAAAAGUAUUUCACAAUGGAUGUAGACGAUGAAGAAAACAUGAGUUCCAGCAGCACUGAUGUUAAAGAAAACCGCAACAUGGACAACGUUCCCCCCAAGGAUGGCAGUGCACAAGGCACCGGGGAGGGGGCUCAGCUCUCCAAUGGUGGCAGCAGCAGCAGCAGCAGCAGAAAGCGGCCUUUGGAGGAGGGCAACAAUGGCCACUCCAAAUUUCGCCCUAAGAAGAGGAAGAAAACACCAGGUCCUGUUUUGCCAAAGAAUGCCCUGAUGCAACUUAACGAGAUCAAACCUGGUUUACAGUACAAGCUGCUGUCCCAGACAGGGCCAGUUCAUGCCCCAGUGUUUGUGAUGGCUGUUGAGGUUAAUGGACAGGUGUUUGAGGGUUCCGGCCCCACAAAGAAGAAAGCCAAGCUCCAUGCUGCUGAGAAGGCUCUGCGGUCAUUUGUCCAGUUCCCAAAUGCAUCAGAAGCACACCUGGCCAUGGGGAGGACUCUCUCUGUCAACACGGACUUCACAUCUGACCAGGCAGACUUUCCUGACACACUUUUCAAUGGAUUUGAAACUCCGGUUCCUUCCGAUGCUUCCUUUUACCUAGGGUCCAAUGGAGAUGGCUCCUUUGGCUCCAGCAGGGAGUAUGGCCUGUCAUCGGCUGCUGUGGCAAGUAGCCUUACCCAGUUGCCUCUCCCUGCAUCGUUGCCAUACCCGACUGCGAGUGGCAAGAAUCCUGUAAUGAUCCUGAAUGAGCUGCGGCCAGGCCUGAAGUAUGAGUUUCUAUCGGAGAGCGGGGAGAGCCAUGCCAAAAACUUUGUCAUGGCUGUUGCUGUGGAUGGGCAAACAUUUGAAGGAUCAGGAAGGAAUAAAAAGCUUGCAAAAGCUCGAGCUGCUCAGUCAGCCCUGGCAUCUUUGUUUAACAUGCAGCUGGACCAGACUCCAUCUCGACAGCCCAUUCCUAGUGAGGGGCUCCAGUUGCAUUUGCCACAGGUUUUAGCUGAUGCUGUUGCACGCUUGGUUGUAGAUAAAUUCAGUGAUUUGACAGAAAAUUUCACAUCUCCACAUGCACGUAGGAAAGUCCUUGCUGGAAUUGUCAUGACAACAGGUACAGAUGUGAAAGAUGCUCUGGUAAUAAGUGUUUCUACAGGAACAAAAUGCAUCAAUGGUGAAUACAUGAGCGAUCGUGGUCUUGCAUUAAAUGAUUGCCAUGCAGAAAUUAUAUCUCGCCGGUGCCUGCUUAAAUUUCUGUAUACACAACUUGAGCUUUAUCUAAGCAAUAAAGAUGAUCAGGAAAAAUCCAUUUUUAUCAAAUCAGAGCGAGGCGGUUUUAAACUGAAGGAGAAUGUGCAGUUUCAUCUUUAUAUCAGCACAUCUCCUUGUGGAGACGCUAGAAUUUUCUCACCACAUGAAGCAGCACAAGAGGAUCAAGGGGACAGACAUCCAAACCGCAAAGCGAGAGGACAGCUACGAACAAAAAUAGAAUCUGGGGAAGGAACAAUCCCUGUGCGCUCUACUACCACUAUCCAGACAUGGGAUGGAGUAUUGCAAGGAGAAAGGCUACUUACUAUGUCUUGCAGUGACAAGAUAGCAAGGUGGAACGUAUUGGGUAUUCAAGGAGCCUUACUUAGCCUCUUUGUGGAGCCAAUUUACUUCUCUAGCAUCAUCUUGGGGAGUUUAUAUCAUGGGGAUCAUCUAUCCAGAGCCGUAUACCAGAGGAUAGCAGAGAUAGAAGAUCUACCACCUCUUUAUACACUCAACAGACCUUUACUUAGUGGCA